AUGGUCAACGCAAGACUAGGAGCUGUAUUCAUGCCCCAUGGUCUUGGCCACCUUAUUGGUCUCGAUGUACACGACUGCGGCGGAUAUCUUGGGGAUGCAUUACCACGCUCACAAUUACCCGGAUUGAAAUCAUUGCGCACCACUAGGACACUCAAAGAAAGGAUGGUGAUAACAAUCGAACCAGGUUGCUAUUUUAUUGAUACGCUGCUCGAUGCCGCAUUCAAAGAUCCGAAGUUGGCGAAGUAUAUGGUCAAGACAGAAAUCGACAAGUACCGCGGCCAAGGAGGGGUUCGUAUCGAAGACGAUGUUGUCAUUUGGGAGAAGGGUAACGAAAAUAUGAGCGACGUACCGAGAACCGUUGAAGAAAUCGAACAUUUCAUGGCGUCCGAAGAGUUCAGCGACUCGACAAUUCAGAAAAGUAUCAGCGAUCACCUGAACAAAUAUUAA